GUGGGGGAGCCGCGGCCAGGACCAGCAGGGGUCUGCUGCAUCCACACCGGCGCGCCCGUCCCAGCCACCCAGACCCUGCAGCCCCACAAGAGCGGCGGCCCACUGCGCCAAGAUGUCUAAGGUAGCCAAGUAUCGCCGGCAGGUGAGCGAAGACCCUGACAUCGACAGCCUGCUGUCCACCCUGUCGCCUGAGGAGAUGGAGGAGCUGGAGAAGGAGCUGGACGUGGUGGACCCUGAUGGGAGCGUCCCCCUGGGCCUGCGCCAGAGGAACCAGACUGAGAAGCCGUCCACAGGCGCAUACAACCGGGAGGCCAUGCUCAACUUCUGUGAAAAGGAGACCAAGAAGCUCAUCCAGAGGGAGGCGUCCAUGGAUGAGGGCAAGCAAGUGGAGACCAAGACAGAUGCAAAAAAGGGAGAAGACAAGGGCAGAGAUGCUGGCAAGAAGCCCCUGGGCGCCAGACGGGACUCAGACCUGGGGAAGGAGCCGAAGAAGGGUGGCGUGAAGAAAAGUGUCUCGAGGGACAAGGACGAAGCUGACGGCAGGAGUGCAGAGAGGCCCAAGGAGGAGAAGCUCAUCAGGGGCCUGGAGAAGGGCCGGGUCAGGGCUGUGGUGGACAAGAAGGAGGCCGGGAAGGAGGGGCCGGCCGCCCCCCAGAAGGAUGAGGAGAAGCAGAGGAGUGUGAGCAGAGACAAAGGCAAGAAGGGCGAGCAGCCCGACGCGGCGAGCAAGACAGCGGCGCCCGAGAAGGCCAAGGGGCCGCGGAUGGGUGAGGAUGCCCGGGCGGAGGCCCAGGAGCCAAAGGGGGGACGUGGGGACAGGGUUGCCAGGUCGGAGGACGAGAAGGCCAAGAAGGAGGAGCCCCGCGAGGCAAAGGCCCCCCGAGAAGACAGCAAGACCCCAGCGCCAGAGAAACCCGCCCCUGGUGCCCCCGCGAAGCCUGCGGACGGGCCCGCCAAGGCUGAGGAGGAGGCGGCCCCCAGCAUCUUCGACGAGCCCCUGGAGAGGGUGAAGAGUAACGACCCAGAGGUGACGGAGGUGAACGUCAACAACUCGGACUGCAUCACCACCGAGAUCCUGGUGCGCUUUGCUGAAGCGCUGGAGUUCAACACGGCCGUCAAGGUCUUCGCCCUGGCCAACACGCGGGCAGAUGACCACGUGGCCUUUGCCAUCGCCAUCAUGCUCAAGGCCAACAAGACCAUCACCAGCCUGAACCUGGACUCCAACCACAUCACCAGCAAAGGCAUCCUGGCCAUCUUCCGGGCCCUGCUGCAGAACAGCUCCCUGACCGAGCUCCGCUUCCACAAUCAGCGCCACAUCUGUGGCGGCAAGACCGAGAUGGAGAUGGCCAAGCUGCUCAAGGAGAACACCACGCUGCUCAAGCUGGGCUACCACUUCGAGCUGGCCGGGCCUCGCAUGACCGUCACCAACCUGCUCAGCCGAAACAUGGACCGGCAGCGGCAGAAACGGCUGCAGGAGCAGCGGCAGGCGCAGGAGGCCCAGGUGGGGAAGGCGCUGCUGGAGGUGCCCCAGGCCCGGCCCCCUGCCCGGGGCUCCCCCAGGCCCUCCCUGCAGCCACCCUCCAAGGCCACUCCUAAGAACUCGCCAGGCAAAGGGGGUGCCCUGGCUGCACCCCCACCACCACCGCCGCCCCUGGCGCCCCCGCUCGUCAUGGAGAACCUGAGGAACUCACUGUCCCCGGCCACCCAGCGGAAGAUGGGUGACAAGGCCCUCCCCGCCCAGGAGAAGAACUCCCGGGACCAGCUGCUGGCGGCCAUCCGCUCCAGCAACCUCAAGCAGCUCAAGAAGGUGGAGGUGCCCAAGCUGCUGCAGUAGGACCGGGCUGCAGGCGCCGCCCGCCACGCCACGCCUGCCCAGGCCCCGCUUCCCAGGGCCGCACGGACCCCGCCCGCCACGCCAGCUGCCCUGCUCUGGACAUCCCUGCCCUGCUCUGGGGGAGCUGGAGGCCGCGGCCACUCCACGAAGGGUACCUUCUCCCCUCACUUCUUUCUUGUCUCUGACGCUCUCCACCACUGUCUCAUCCCUGGAACUGGCGGUUCUGGACGAGAAGAGUCCUACUAGCACGUGACAGAGAAGACGGCACCCCUGGAGCCUGAGUGGCCGGCCAGCUGCCAAAGGCCUAGGAGCCGGGAAGGGGCUCCCUCACGGGUCAUGCGCCCUGUGGGCCCACUGCCCCCAGGGCCAGGAUUCAGGCCUCUGAGGAGCCCUGGGGGCAAGGCCGCUGGGCUGGUGGCUCCCCGUGUGGGGCAAGGCUGUUAGACUGGAGGGCCAAGGGCCCGGGGGAGAGGGCGGAGGGGCUGCGGACACCCCACACCCCUCCCCGCUAAGCAGAGGACUUGAGGGGCCUGGCCUGGUGGGGGGUGGGCUGCGGCGGGGAAGAGAGAACAGACAGCCGCUGGACCUGAAGGCUGAUGCCAAAGCAGACGUUCCCUCACAUUCACCUGCUGCUGUACAGACAGCCGAUCUGUCCUCCGUGAGAUUUUAUAAUAUAUACGAGCCUUCAGAUCUGA